ACGCUGUCCGAACAGUUGUAGGAGUGGUGUCGGGCGACGUCAACGUCUCGAAACAGAACCAGGACUGCGAACGCGGAGAAUUUUGUCUGCACUCUCUCCGAAGAGAGUGCAGAGAAAACCAGAAACGGGUAGUAGACCACCCAGUCGGUUAACUACGGUGGAUUGGAAGAAGUGACCAGCAAGAAAUUUCAAUGUAAAAAUAAGAGAGAUUUCCAUUUAUUUCAAUUGUAACUGUAAUGGAGGUGGAUCCGGGUUCAGAUGAUGUAGAAGCUGACAGAGAAACGAGAGCUCAGAAACUAAAAUUAAAAAGAAAUGUCAAAUUCCGUGCACAAAUGAGAAGAUUCGACGAGUACUGUGGAGUGACUAAUUUAACAGUAGAUGAUCUCAAUUGGCCUUUAAUAUCUGGAAUUCCUUUACAAAGACAACGAUUGACAGGAGCUACGUAUUAUGAUGAUAGUCUUCUCGAUCAAAAUCCUUGGGAUGAAUUUUCAAUUGAUCGAUUUCUUGAAAUUACUUCAAUUCAAUUAAUAACAGCCGGUGCUGGAUAUGAAAGGAAUGAUGAAAUUACUCGAUUCGUUUUUCAAAGAACAAUGAAGACAAUUGUAACUUAUUGCAAUUUUAUGUAUGAUUUGGCAAGGCGGAACGGGAAAGUUCAAAUAACUCGAUUCGAGUUGCAAGAUUUGAUUCAUCGCGAUGAAUUUCGGUUUUACAUGUAUUUUCGACAAUUUUUACCCAAUCCGGAUCCGAAUUGUACGGCCUUUUCCAAUCACUACACGUCUCUUCUUCAUACACUCUAUUUCAAUAUUCCGGGAAUGCCACAGUUUUGGAACAAUUCCCAAAUGUAUAAUUACGCUGCUACCCGUGGUCAACGCCUUGUUCAAAAUAUCGCCGCUUUUUAUCCACCCGAAUAUUUUUGGAACGAAGAUGAAUCCAAGUAUCAUACUACGUUUGUGGUUCCACGUGGCACAGAGUUCUCAAAGUUUUAUGCUCGAAGAUUUCAUGAAGCACUUGGAAUGCCACCACUGGAAAAUGAGAUUAUUACGGUUUUGGAUUGGCUUGCGAAGCUCUGCAUUUUGGAAAUUGUAUAUCACACAACGAUUUGGUGCGACAUAACUGGAUUUGGAGGGCUUCCACGUAUUGAGCACUAUCGUUUAGCCAUGGAGAAUGUUGAAGACAUCAUAUUCGACUUGGCAAUUGAUGAUUUCUCAAUUUCCCGUCUACAGUUACAAAUUUCGCCGUUUGAAAUCUCUCGCUACUCACCUCUAGAUGUAUCUGGUUAUUAUGAAACAAUUAAAAGAAAAAAAGAUAUUGAAGAAUAUCAAAAUCGUUUCUAUGAAGUUCAUUAUUCUGAUGAUGUUCGGAUUAUGAAUGUUUAUGCUACUGAUUGCUCCAGGAAACGAUGAUAUCAAUUGUUAUAAUGAUUUGCUUUUAAUUUUAAUAUUAUUUCAUUUGAAAGUCUAACUCUCUAUAUUUUACCCAGAUUUCCUAUUUAAUAUCACCGAUUUGCCUUCUAUCUCACUAACGCUUCUUGUGUCAUUCACUUUCGAAUCCUCUGGUUUACAUUUUGAAAAAUGUCAUAAUGGUACACUGCUAAAAAAAGCUGGUUCCAUAUCACUUUAAUUUGUUUUAAGAUUUGUUUAAUUUAAAAUAAAGGUAUAGAUAAUAU